AUGCCUGCCCAAAUAAAUUUUGAAUGUCCGGAUUUGCUACAAUCUGAAGUUUUAGAGCCCAUACAAAACCACAUUGAUGUAGGCUUCGUCAAACAGUACGUCGAAGUUCUAUUCAAAAAAGAUGGAUUUGGCCUUAAAGAAUUACAGAGAUCAAUUUUGGAACAUGAUUGGAGUCGAAUGGUGCGUCAAACAAUUAUUUCUUUUUAUGUUGGAAUUCUGGCAAAAGUUAUUCAUAGCUUAUCUGAACCUUCUGAGUUCCUGAAAGGUUCUGAAGCUUUACAAAUUUUCCAACAGUUUAUACUUCCAUUGGUUGAUUCAAACACUCACAGUCAGACAGUUGAUCAACCCACUUUUACUCUCAAAAUGCUUUUCUACGAGCUUCUUUUGGAAAUGUACAAAAAACAAAUUUCAGAAAAUGAUUGGCCUUUCAAAUUAGAUAUUUCAAAUAUGAUUGUUUACCCUUUGGCAAAUGAAUCAACUCCAAUUUCUCUUCGCAAAAUAAUUGAGCAGUCAGCUAUUCUUCGAAUAAAUUCAAGUGAGAAAGCGUUGGAAUAUGGCAAUAAUGAGUUGAUUGACCAAUUGGCACAUGUUCUUAGAGUCGCUGACUUUAAUCUGGUUUACAUGAGUUGUACUCGCAUUCUUUCAUGCAAAAAUUCUGUCAAUAUAUUGUUGUCAUCAGGACAUGGCAUUCCAAUCAUACUGAAAGCAAAGAAAUUAAAGAAGAUUGAAAAUUCCUUUGCACAACUUGUAGCGGAUUUAAUGUUUAACAAAGUGUUGGAUUUGCUAGCAAUUGUUUCUGAUUAUGAUUUAAAUUUUGUUGGGCCGUUACUCAACGAAUAUAAACUUUUCAAAACUAAUGAGCAACUCUUAAAUUCCCCAAAAUGGCGUUACGUUUUAAAUAAAGAUGCAAUUUUAUCUUUUGUUCAUUCUUUGCUUGAUGUUUGUGAUAUUGAAAGUAUAAUCAAAUUAUUUGAACAAUAUAUUCUUCCGUAUCUUUUGGUAUAUUUUAUUUCUUUUAAAAAUACAAUAAUAAAAUAGGAAAGUUCUUCUGCAAUUUCACUCCUCAAAAUGCUCGAACAACAAAGCGGUGGGCGCUUUUUGCAAAGAAAUUCUCAAUUAACUGAACAAAUAUGUGGCUUGUUAAGUACAGUUUUGUUGUUGA